GCACAGGUUUCUUCUGUUCCCAUGACAACCGGCGCUUACAGGAAAGUCAAAACUCAAAUCUGACUUCUGACAGCUAACGCAAAAGUUUUAUCCUCUAAACACCUUAGUUAGUCGUUCCUGUGACGUUAACUCUAAACUAAUUGUUGUUGUACUCAAAUGGAUUCAGGUGAAUGGUUUUCAGAACGGAUACGCCCCGGUUAAAAUGCUGUCGACCUGGAGAGGUGUUGCGGCUGACCCGGGGCGAGCAGGUGCGGAGCCGGGGGCAGGGAGACAAAGCAACGGCCAGAGAGGAGCACAAAUCGGUGACGAGAGACGACAAGGGCUCGGUGUUCAGGAGUGGUCCGACGGAUCCAGAUAUGAGGGGGAAUUUGUAAACGGAUUCAAACACGGCAACGGAAGAUACACCUGGAGAAACGGAGAGUACUAUGAGGGCUCUUUCUACAAAGACUACAGGCAUGGGGAUGGACUGUACUGCUGGCCCACAGGCCACAAGUUCACUGGCAAGUUCUACCUCAACAGAAAGGAAGGAUAUGGACAACAACUGUUCCCUGACGGAGUCACCUUUCAGGGUUUGUACCACGCUGACCAGAGGUUUGGUCCAGGUGUGGUUAGUUAUCCAGAUGGGCGAAAGGAUGUGGGUCUGUGGCUCGGGGAUCGCCUGCUAAAGCUCUGUACCUCUGUAGAAGAGGGCUUUAGCCUGAAGAACUUUCCUGAAUAUGCUGCCUACAUGGACCCAGCUACCACCACCGAUUCCCUGACUCAGGCUCCCACUAAUGGUCCACAGACAGAAGCCAGGACAGACUCUGAGGUGGAUACGGACAGAGAUCUGCUGUCAGAUGAGAAUUUUAUCCUUCCCACCGACAUUGAGAGCUACUCAACAGAUGGUGACCACUUGCCGCUGCCCCCUGGCCGAAGAAGAGAGUUGGAUCAACACUUUUAUGGCGAGCUGUGGGUGCCAGACGCUUAUCCACAUCAAGGCUAUGAGCGAGACCCACUCUCCACCCUUCCCUUACAGGCCCGCAUGCAGGCUCACAUACACAAACACAGACUACAUGCUGAAAAUGUGGAAUGGGACGUGGCAGCUGUUCUCUCUUUGAGCAGGGAAAAUUUUGGUCCUAAAGGGCCUUUGGAAGUCAGUUCAGAGUUGUUGAUCCAGCAUGCCUCUCGAGGGGAACUGCAGGCUGUGUCGCAGAUCCUCCAGACCGGUUUGGUCCACCCUGAUGUAACAGAUUCACAGGGGCACACUGCAAUGAUUGCUGCCACAAUAAACUGCCAUAAUGAUGUGAUCCAGCUGUUGUUGGAUAUGGGUGCUGAUAUUGACAAAUUGAAUUGUGAAGGCAUGUCUGCCCUGGCUGUGUGCCAUGUCCUCUACUACCCUUUUCAGUCUCUGCACACCACUUUGGCUGAACCACCUGCCAACACUCAAGUUUUGAGGUCUCCAUCUGCAUGUUGGAACAGUCCCCAGAUCAGCCAAGUGGACUUCAAUACAGACACACCCAGGUUUAACAACAGACCUCAGACCACUGACACAACCCUGAGCAACCAGAGUCACCUCUCUGAUCAGACAGCAGAAGAACUAACAGAGCACAUCUUACAUCACAGCAGUAUAGUGCCCAAUGACAAGGAGCUUAUCACUGAGUGCUCGCCUGACCUGAAUCAGUCUGAGACCCCUGCAGACACUGAAGACCAACAGGAGGAGGAGAGGAAAGAGAAAGAGGGAGAAGAAAUGGAAAGAGACUGGAAGGGGACAGAGGGAGAGGGAAAGGUUAGAGAGAGAGAAGACAGGUUCAGGAGGGAGGAUGAGAAAGAGAGCAAAGGGGAAGAAAGAGAGAUAGAGUGCAGAUGUGAUCAAACGUGGGAAAUUGGAGAAAGUGAGCUAAAAGAGAAGGAAAGAGAAUUUAAGAAGAGAGAAAAGAAUGAGGAAGAUGUUGAGCUUGGUGAGAGGAGAGACACAGAGUCAAGAAAAGAGAAUAUGGAAGUGAGGGAGGAGGUUGAGGAAGAUGUGGAGAAGGGAGUAAGGAAUAUUCAUGAAGAGGAUGUAAAGGAGAGAGAAGAGAGAGGAAGUGAGGACGUGCCUGGUGUGGAGCGCUCCAUUCAGGUGUUGGAUGGUCACAUUGCACUGGGCAGCGUGCAGUGGAAGGAAUGUCGAGCUAAGACAGCAGGACGAGUUCAGCAGGGCAACGACAAAGAAUUGACCCAAAAACCGACCUUUGACUCUGCCUGCUCCGUCAGCAGCUAUAACAUCCAGGUCACAGAGGAAGUGAUGCAGCGCUCUGCAGAAGCUCUGAGUCGCACAGGGAUUCCUCAGCGCUCUGACACACAGGAGACUGUACGCAAAAUGGCUGCCAUGAAAACUGAACACCGUGUUCGUUUGAACACUCUGCAGCUGUUAUUGGAACGGGGAGCUGACCCCAACGUAUCCAGAGUCCCCAUGCUUGCCCUCUUUUUAGCCAUCAUGGCGGCUGACGCUGAGGCCGUCAAGAGACUGCUACUGUGUGGAGCUCGCACUGACAUUCCCCUUCCACCUGAGAAGAAAGGCCUGUAUCCCCUGCAUGUAGCUGCAGCACUCCCAGGUCCAGCAGGUCCCAGAAUCACAGAGUUGCUGCUCCAUGCUGUCACUGACCCAGACGCACAGGCAUGCGACCAGAACGAGAUCUAUGAACCAGAUAAGAUUUUCAUGAAGGCCCAGGAACCACUGAGCACCAAUAAGAGCUCACACCUCAAAGAAGGGGGCCGAACGGCACUGCACGUGGCCUGCCAGAGGGACAGUGACUACCGGAAUGCCAGUAAGGUGGUAGCCCUCCUGCUCUCCCACAGAGCCAGCACAGAUCUCCUCUGGAGUGGACACUCACCUCUCUCCCUGGCUAUAGCAACUGGGAAUGACCUGGCAGUGGAGGAGCUGUUGAACGGAGGUACAAAUCCCAACAUCCCCCUCGGCUGCAGGGUGGGCAGCGCCCUCUGUGCCCUUGCCAACAUCAACUACCACUUAGGUGGCAACAGAGCUAAGCUGUUGGACAUGUUAGCUAAGGCUGGUGCCGACAUCUUGAUGCCAGUUACGGUGGGUGAUGUUGUGGGAACCGCAGUUGACUAUGCAUACUACUCCUUCAACCAGGACUUGUGUAUUGCCAACACUCCCUUCCAUGCUCUAAACAUGCGGGAGAGGGAAACAUUCAAAGCACGGCGCCAACUGCUGAGCAUGAUGGGAGAUCUGCUGAGACACACUGCCGACCAGAGGGAGAGAGAGAAUUUAGAGAGAGAACAUCACCUCACAAUGACUAGUACCAGUAGCACAGAGAGGUUUGUGUACAUGGGUGCCGGUGCCAUUGCCUCAAACGUGCCCCUCCCCAGCUGUGAAAGUCUACCACCCAUAACAGAAAAACACAGGAAACCAGUGUUUAAGUUCUGCUAUCACUGCGGUCGCUCUGUGUCCGUGAAGCUGACUGCUUGUAGCCGCUGCCACAAGGUCUUCUACUGCUCCGGGACCUGCAAACUGAAAGCAUGGAAUGAAAGACAUAAGGAAGAGUGUAUCCGGGUGUCAGCAUCUUCUGAUGGCAUCCAGAAGAAUGUUGUGUUUAAAUCCCAAAGAGGCCCCAGGCCCUUGGCUGUCAUGUUGAAAACCAAAACAGUCCCAAGGCCCAUGAGUGUCAAGUUGAAAUCCCAAAGAGUCCCCCAGCCCUUGAGCAUGGCAGAGAAGGUCUUGGAGAGCCAAGUCAACCUGAAGGAAAACUACAGCUACAACUGAUGAAUACUGAAAUUUCACACACUCUGUCGCACCAUUUCUUUCUCUGAUUCUGAGUCUUUCUUUAUAUAUUUGGCUGAAUGGUGAUGACAGUAUUUUCUGACAUAAUGAUUUCUCUUUGGCAUAUUCAUAUCUGUAAGUUUACAAUAUGUUAUAGUAUUGUAAUAAUAAUGUAAUAAUGGCUGCAUUUACACAGAAUGAAUCCAGUGGGAACCAGGGUCAGAUUUUGGCAUAUGACUUCUUUUAUAUCUAAAUGUUUUGACUAAUGCUAUUAGCUAUGUUAAUCUUCACUUCACAGUAUUCUCUGGCUGAUUUUUGAAUGAAUAAGUUAAAAGUAUAGCCAAGAAAAAAAUUAACUCAAGUUCCACUUUUCCAGUGCUUUCAAUUGCAUCUUGUGGUCUUUAUCAGCAAUUUCAUGGCUACUGUUCCCAAUGUCAAGCAUUAACUUUUAAGAUGAAGUUAAAAGUGUUUCUAUAU